AUGUCAAGCGAAAUAUUAAAUUUUACAGAACCUGCAACAGUUGACGAAUCGAUAGAAAAAUAUGAGUGUCACGAGUAUGAGCCUGUAUCUCGUACGAAUUUAAACUCAGCUGGUGAAAUACGUAUCAACAUUGAGUUGCAAGACCUCUUUACUCAUCCUGCGGAAUCAUACUUACAAUUUGAAGGUCGACUGACUAAAGCCGACGGGACUGCAUACGCAAACAACGCAGACGCAGUAGUGAUAACACACAACGGACUUAUGCAUUUGUUUUCACAAAUAACGUAUUCGCUUUCAAACCAAGAAGUAGAAUCCUUGUAUCAUCCGGGACAGGCCACAACCAUGAUUGGAUUGCUCAAGUAUCCUGAUGAGUUUUGUAAAGCACAAGGACUCAAUCAGCUUUGGGUUAAAGAUAGCACUGCAACAGCUGUUAUUGCAGACAACAUAGGAUUUGCUGCUCGGCAAUUACACCUAAUUCGAAAGCCAACCGCUAAGGGAACAUUCUCAUUCAUUGUCCCACUGAAACACAUUUUUGGAUUUUGUGAUGACUAUGACAAGAUUGUGUAUGGCUUUAAACAUACGCUAACCCUCGUUAGAAAAUCAGACGAUGACGCAAUCUUUAGAGCAAAUGCAGCGGGUGCUGGUAAAGUAAACAUUGACAGAAUUUCAUGGUUUAUGCCUCAUAUCAUACCUGCAGAUAUGGAGCGAAUGCAGCUGUACAAAACAAUUGAGGCGAAGGCAACAUUACCCGUUAGUUUCAGAGCGAGACAAUGCGACACUAUUACAGUGCCACAGUCUACUACGUUCAGCUGGAGACUAAGUGUUAAGACAUCACCCGAAAAACCGAGGUACAUUUUAGUAGGAUUUCAAACUGAUCGUGCUGGUAAUCAAGAAGAAAAUCCAUCACUUUUUGAUCAUUGCGAUCUCAAAAACAUGUACAUUAUGAUGAAUCAAGAGCGUUAUCCAGCUGUAGAUUACAACUUGUCAUUCCCAAAUCAACAGUUUGCGAGAGCGUAUUAUGAAGCGUCUAGAUUUGGUGAAAAGUUUUAUGGGAUGGAUCCGUUGAUUACGCAGUGUAACAUUACACCUGUGGAUUUCAAAGAUCUGUAUCCAAUUAUGGUGUUUGAUGUUAGUAAACAAAGCGAAAGGCUAAAGUCGGGAGUUGUAGACAUUCAAAUAAAAGCAAUAUUCAAUAAUCCUGUGCCAGCAGAGACGGAAGCGUUCGCAGUUGUGAUUUCAGAUAAAAUGUUAAACUUUCACUCUGACGGAACUAAAAUGACUGUAGUGUAUUAA